CCACGUCUACUUGAGGUUUCAUCCGAAGAAUUUGGUGUUGUGUGUUCACGCUCAAUCAUUCGUUAUGAAACUCUGACACAAUUGAAGACCUCGAACUUCGCUCGUCGAAUUAUAGCGUAGUCAAACUCAGUGAAGGGGGCGUUCUAGAGCAGAGCUAAAAGACAACUCGACCUCAACUAACCUUAAAUUUAGCCAUCAGUCAACAUGGUUAAGAAGCGUGCAUCCAACGGCCGCAACAAGAAGGGCCGCGGCCAUGUCAAGCCCAUUCGUUGCUCCAACUGCUCGCGAUGCACACCCAAAGACAAGGCGAUCAAGCGAUUCACGAUAAGGAACAUGGUCGAGUCUGCUGCCAUCCGUGAUAUUUCUGAGGCAUCAGUCUACCCUGAAUACACCGUGCCGAAGAUGUAUUUGAAGCUGCAGUACUGCGUAUCGUGUGCCAUCCACGGCAAGAUCGUUCGUGUUCGCUCCCGCGUCGGCCGCCGCAACCGCGCUCCUCCUCCACGUGUUCGAUUCAACAAGGAUGGCAAGAAGAUUAACCCUCAACAGGCCGCGCGACCUGGUGCAGCAGCAUAAGAGCGUUGUUGAUUUAUGGUGUUAGCAGGUGUGGUGGCAGGAAACGUCGUAAAGGAACGGAUCUUUGUAACCUGCGUAUGCAUGCGACUUCUAAAAUGAAAGUGUUGCACGAGGGACCCAGAGGUUUAGGAAAUAGUUCCUAAGCGGGAUCCAUACGACUAGCCGUUCCAAUAACA